AUGGCUCGCCGUGGAUCCGUCAUCUCCCUGGCCUUUGUGGCCGCGGCGGUGAUCUGUGCACUUCGAUGGAGCUCGGCCGCCUUCCUGCCGGCCAACACGGCCACUAAGCCCAUGCUCAGGGCGGGCGCCUUGGCGAGCGCCGGCGCCAUGGCCGCUGGCGGCGCCUUGCCUGCUAUGGCGGAAGAGGCUGCCGAGGGUGGAGGCCUGCUGGACUUCGGCAAGAUCGAGCUGGGUGGCGGAUUUGCCCUCAACCUGAACAUUCCGGAUAUCAACCUCGUCAACAUCUCGAUCCUCAUUGCUGGGCUGUUCUACUUCCUGUCUCCGGUGCUUGGCGAGUCCAUGGCUUCCCGAGAGAAGGAAAUCCAGUCUGACAUUGAGGAUGCCAUUGCCAAGUACAAUGAGGCCACCACGCGCUUGGCAGAGGCCGAGAAGAACAAGGCUCAGGCUGAUCAGGUGGUGAAGGAGAUCAACGGUAGCAUCUCCAAGGACAUCGCUGAGUUCCAGAAGAACCUCCGAGACCAAGCGUCCAAGACCGCCGCUGGUAAGGACAAGGCGCAAGAGAAGACUCUGGCAGACAUGAAGGCUCGUGUGGCGGCCAACUUGGAGACUUAUAUCGAGACUCAAGCGGUGACCAGGGGUCUCGUGGACCUCAAGAAGCUCACCACCGCCCAGAAGACGAAGUUCAUGGAUACGGCCAUCGCAUCGUUGUAA